AUGUCCUCGGUUGGACCAGAGGUGGUGAUACCGAUACUGUCCAUCUGCGGCGUGCUGCUUCUGCUGAUUGUGGGGGCAAUCAUCUACCUGUGGUGCCACGCCCGCUCCCGCACUGUGGCGGGCAAGUACCAUUUCUAUCACGGCUUUAGACGCCGCCAGACGCUUGAGUUGACGUGCGACCCCGUUCCUGGGACGCACCAGGCACCACUAGAGGUGCACCUGCGCUCCACCCAUGUGGAGCCGUGCGACAUCCUUGUCGAUGUGCGCCAUACACGAGAGCAGACGAUGGACGACGAUCGCACUGUGCGGCUUCUCGGCACCGAUAACUACUACGGCGAGCACUUUCUGCUGUACACGACACCACUCCUAUUUGUCGAGGCUGGUAACUAUACGGUGUGUGCACACACCGUGUACCCCACUCAACGUGUUGUGGGUGCUGUGCAUCAGUUCUCCUUCAACGUGGUGGCUGACGCGCCAGUGGCCGCGCCGCAUGCUGGGGAUCAACAGAAACAGCAAAUUGACGUUAACCUCUACCGUGAUUCCGCCUGGGGUCGCCCACACUCCCUGCAGACCGGCAGCACCAACCACGCGCGCCCGCUGCCCCCGCGCAUCAUCCCCGAGAAGGGCGAGGUGACGACAUUCACUCCUGUCACCAUCGCCCCCAAUGCGGACAGUGCAACCGCAGACCAAAUACGCUACAGUGUGGACGGCUCACACCCGUCACUGUUGUACACCGGCCCCUUCACCCUCUCGCUUCCGCCGUUGAACACCAAUAGCGACAGCAGGCGUAUGCCUGUGGUCGUGCGGGCCCUCGCUGUAUAUGGGCAUGAUGAGGGACUGACAAGCGAUAUCACGGAGGCGCAACUCGUCGUGUACGCGGCGGGACACUCGUUCUUUGACCCCGACGUUUCCGCCCCUGUUGCUCGCAUCCGCGCACUGGACGCGCAGAUGUACUUUGACGAGUCGCGGCGCCCGCCCAACACGAGCAUCAUGUACCAGCUUGUGUACAUUGGCGAGGCAAGGCAGAAGGCGAAGUUUUCACGCAAGAAGGGCGUCGUGUACGAUGGGAAACCGGUGCCGCUGCGUGAGGAUGUGGCGUUCGUGUACGCGUGGACCUUCGUCGACGAGGAGCGCCCGCACGGCAACGCCAAUGGGCGCCGUCACGUGCGGAGUACUGCCGCCGUGUACGACUGCUGCCGCGCUUCCGCGUGGAACAGGGAGCUGCGCGAUGAGGCGGGCGAGCAGCAGGAGUCGUACAGCCUGCUUCCGCCCACCAUCUGCAUCAGCUGCCGAGAGAUGGAGCUCUUCUUCGAGGACCCGCCGGCGGGCGGCAUCAUCUGCUACACACUUGACAGCACAGAGCCGCUGCAGCCGGACGCAACCACGACCGCAACACACAUGGCGGGACUCGGCUUCAACGGCGCCACACGUCUUCCAACGACGGGUGUGAAGGAGCCGAACAUGAGCACGCACAUCUACAGGGAGAAUCAGCCCAUCCACGUCACGCUGCUGAAGACGGAGCAGGUGUUCGUCACGGCGCGGACGUUCAUCCCUGUCGUCGACCCCUCAGCAGGCGGUGCGGUGACGGGGUACCGCCACGGGGAGCGCUUCUACCGUGGAUUCACCACGCAAUAA